CUCAUCCUCUUCUCUUCUUCCACCAACGUCCCGUCAUCGUCACCAGAAAAGACAUUCACGAUGGCAGCGAACGCCAGUCCCUUUUACGAGCUCUACCGCCGUAGCAGUGUCGGGAGGACUCUGAUGGAUACCCUCGACGAGCUGAUCGGAGAGCGCCGCAUCGAGCCGCAGCUUGCGAUGAAGAUCCUGAGCCACUUUGAUCGAAGCAUUACGGAGGUGCUGCAGGAUAAGGUGAAGGCGAGGAUGACGUUCAAGGGACACCUCGACACCUACCGCUUCUGCGAUGAAGUGUGGACCUUCCUGAUCAAGGACGUGACGUUUAAGAUGGACAAUACGAGUGUUCAUGCGGACAAAGUCAAGAUCGUGAGUUGUGGGACGAAGAAGGAUUGAGAUGCCUCUUAAGGCUAUGGCGAACGAACACGAAAUUGCAUAUAUGUAGGAUGGAUUAAGGCUACGAAGAGGAGAUCGUUCUUCAUCUUACAGCAGGAGUUACUGGUCUAAAAUGGGACAUGGAAGGGAACGGCGUUCGUGGUUGCUGGCGGAAAUAGAAACAUCACAUGGUGUGACUGAGUCAACCUGGACUGAAACGGCUGGUAAUUUGAGAUACCAAGAUGUUGUUGUAACUGCAUAGACAGAAAUAUACACAAACCAUCAAAAUCCAAAGCCAGAGAGUAAAUAAACAAACCAUUCGUG